GAUAGGCACCAUUGGUGUAGGAACAAGAAUAAUAUGUUCUGUUUUGAGGCUUAAUUCAAGCUCAGAUCAGGGGCUCAGUGAGCUCAGUGAAACAAUGAAUAAGGAAGUUCUAUACCACGCAUACCUUAUAUAUAUGUAAAUACAGAUUGAAUUUGUGUGCUGGCAGUGAAUGGGCUGGAAUGUGCAUGAAAAUGCAAAUCUACAAAAAAAGGAAAAAAGAAGAAAGAAACUGCACGGAAAAUAAUCUAUAAAGUUUUCACAGGGAUUGUGGAAAAUAGGAAAAGUUGAAAUAUUAUCUCAUGUCUGAAGUUAACAGCCAGCAACGCCACGGACUACAGAUUCAAAUCCCCCAAAACUAAUUUUGAAAUUCCUCAAAAUAUCCCCGAAAAUCCGCGAGUGGGAAUAUUGAGAAAAUCCUCAAUUUGUGAUGUGUGUCCGCGUUAGGAGAUUUCACCAGCAAAGCUGAGGAUAUAUAUAGGGACUAGUCUACAGUCAUAGUCGGCUUAUACAUUUACACUGUAGCACAGCUAGCUGUCAGAUAGACACCUUACAGCUGUAGUACAGCUAGUUGUCAGAUAGACACCUUGCAGCUGUUGUACAGCUAGUUGUCAGAUAGACACCUUACAGCUGUAGUACAGCUAGUUGUCAGAUAGACACCUUACAGCUGUAGUACAGCUAGUUGUCAGAUAGACACCUUGCAGCUGUAGUACAGCUAGUUGUCAGAUAGACACCUUACAGCUGUAGCACAGCUCUAGCUGUCAAAUAGACACCUUACAGCUGUAUGGCAUAACGUGAAUUAGAAAUAUGUCUGAACAUUGAACAAUGUUGACGUGUAUUAAAUAUUUUGUGAAAAAUUUGUAUAAAUAAAAACAAAACUCUACACAAUGGUAUCAGAACUUUCUCUAGCUGAGCAGUAUGUGCUUCAGGAGCAUAUGCUGAACUUGAACCUGAGUUUGUGUGAUGUUCCAGUAGAGAUGCAUAAUAUCUCCAACCUAUCUGCUCUCUGCUCCUCCAACCACCCUCCAUCCACCCUCCCUCCCCCAGUUAUGUCUAUUAUACAGAUAUUCUACGGUCUCAUCUGUUUACUGGGACUCCUUGGAAACUCUCUUGUUAUCUACGUGGUUCUAAGGUUCUCUAAGAUGCACACGGUUACCAACAUGUAUAUCCUGAACCUAGCCAUAGCUGACGAAACUUUCCUAGUCGGAAUACCGUUUCUAAUUGCAACAAUGUCCUUGAGGGAAUGGCCGUUUGGAACAAUAAUGUGUAAGGUUUAUUUCACAACAACCUCAAUAAACCAAAUAACAAGCUCCAUCUUCCUCACUGUACUUUCAGCGGAUCGGUACAUAGCUGUGUGCCACCCAAUAUCUUCUCCUCGGUUCCGAACCCCGUUUAUUGCUCGGAUUGUUUCUCUGUCCGCCUGGUUGACCUCCGCCCUCCUGAUGGUGCCGGUCUUCUUGUACGCGAACACAAUCACCAGGCCGGAUGGUGGAGAGUCCUGUAAUAUUUUCUGGACUAUGAAUAUAACAUCUUCAGGGUUAAUUAACGAACAGACAGCAUUUACGUUCUAUUCUUUCAUCUUCGGAUUCGCAGGACCCCUGACCUUCAUAUUCAUCUUCUAUAUCUUGGUUAUCAUCAGACUAAGAUCUGUCGGACCGAAGGGAGCAGAUAGGUCGCAGAGUAAAAGAAAAGCCCACAGGUUACGAAAAGUUACCAAGCUCGUUCUGACGGUGGUCGCAGUUUAUAUUCUUUGCUGGCUUCCUCACUGGAUAACACAGUUGGCUCUUGUCUCCCAGCCUCCAGGUUAUCAAAGUGAAACUAUUGUGGUGAUCACUCUACUCUCUAACUGCUUGUCCUACUCUAACUCGGCAAUGAACCCUGUCCUCUACGCGUUCUUAUCCGACAACUUCAAGAAGAGCUUCGUCAAAGCCUGCAGCAAGAGCAUUAUCUCUAGGUGUGCUACAGCAAGGGAGACGAACCAUCAGUUGAACCCUGAAUGCUCUGCAACUACUAGACGGAGUAGGAGAGGACCCAGGUUUACAGCUGUACCCCCUGGACAGGAGUCAGGAGAUGAGGAGAGAGGAGGGGGAGAUAUGUCCACAGGAGUCACCCUCACCUCUAGAGCUUCUAAAUUCAACGGGAGUUCUAGUUCUGCUGUAGGGUCGGAUAAACCACAGAUUAUGACAACUGUGUUUAAUGGAAACCUUGCUCCGCCAACCAUCAUGUAAACAAUAAACUAUAACAAAACCUACACCAGGUCUAUCAAAAAAAAAAAA